AGAACCAUUGCCUGGCUUAACCAUUUGAGUGGUGGCUUCUAGGGCGACAAGUUUUGAGCAAAUGAACAUCUUAAUCGGAGUACUGAGUUCCUUCCUGCUCGCCCCAAUCUUGCUGGCCAGCGGGCAGACAGGGGAGUGUGACUUUAGACAGGCGGUUGAUACUGGACAAUCGUUCUAUUUCCGAUCCCCCAGGUAUCCCGAAAAAUACACACCAGGCACCAAAUGCCAGAUGCAAGCUACCAGCUCUUUCGCUAAUAACAAAUUGAUCCUAACCUGCCAAAUUGACAUUCCAAGGGAUCCAAAUGGAUGCAUCAAUAACAAAUUCGUUGUCAAGAGGUACCACGGUGAUGGGGUGCUGCAGAGUACGAAUACCUACUGUGGCAAGAGGCAACUAUCCGAGACUAGCUACUCUCGAACCAACUACGCCCAAAUCCAUGUUGAUUUUAGCUCUUCGGGGAGUAAAACCGGCAGAUUCUCCUGCACACUCUCGGCUUCAAAUUAAGGGAACACACAUAAAGCUGCAUGUGAUCCAACUCACGGCAAAUGCUCUUGGAUAACAUGAAGGAAGCGACGUACAACUGGUAAUAUUCUCUGAUCGCCUAGCCUACCUGGAGUUGGAGUCCUAGCAUCCGUUAACAGUACCAGAACCACAAAGCUCUGUUUCUAUUUUCUAUUACUUAUAAUUUUGUUUAGUUAACCAACGGCUCGGAGACUGUUAAAUUCAAAGCUUUUAUCAGUGUAUUAUAUAAAACACAAGGAAUUAAAGUGGCAUCAAAGCG